AUGAUUCCACAAUUUGUUAUUGAAGGUAAUAGAUUAGAAAAACCUGUUGGUAUUCCUGAAAAUUAUUGGGAAUUAACAACUAAAUGUUGGUCUCAAAAUCCAGAAGAUAGACCUUCAUUUGUUGAUAUCUUAAAAACUAUUGAGUCUUGGGGUGAAGAUAUUAAAUAUGCUUUUAAUGUUGAAAACAUCAAAAAAGGAAUGGGAAAUGAUACUUUGUCUAAUGUUAAUGACUCAACACCACCUAAUAAUCCUGUUUCACAAGUGGCUGAAAAUGAACAAAAACCAAAGAGUCAGUCAGUUUCUCAUAGCUCAAGCGAUGAGAAUUAA